AUGGGCCAGAUCUUCGAAAAGCUCAAGAUGCCCGCUCUCCCCACCGAUUCGGCUCCGUCUUUGGCGUCGUCGCCAACAACACCGCCAGAGUCCAGCUGCUUCCCGACAUCUUCACGGGGUUCGACGAACCCGGCUGCUCAAUCUGGCAAAAAGCCUUGCUACAGAAUCGAUGGACUCUAUCGCAAUCUCACCUUUGUCCCUCGCGCCGACACCAACACUCUCGCCGUCCCGCUCAUCAUGGCGCACAUGUUCUGGUCCUCAGCAUGCGAGAAACACGGCGGACUCAACAAGUCGUCCGACUCGUCAUCGCACUCCUCGCAUCACCACCACGACCAUACAUCGGCGACCUCUGCAAAUUCUCACACGCAAGCUUUCGGGACGUCUGAGCCAUCGCCUCCUGCGGCCAAGAUCGGAGCGGCCUUCAAGAAGUGUUUUGAAGAGCUUGGCGAUUUCAUCAAGUACGACCCACCGAACCAGUGCCUCCAGGUGGGGCUGAUCUUCGAGACCAUCGUCGACACGAAGCUUCGCGACUUUGGGUUCUGCUUGGAUGCGAACGGGAGGUAUCAGAAAAGGUUCGCACCCGUAUACACCUCGUUCACGGUAUCCGAAAACGGUGACCAGAUAAAGGAAGACUCGAGCAAACAUACCUGCGGUCUUGCAAACAAGACUUCUGCGCCUAAAUCUGGAGCCAAUCAGUCUGCAACGAUGGCUGCUAUCCCAACCGCGAGUGCUGCAGCUAAAAGGCCAGCGACAGGACCGAAUAGCAAUACGACGACGCUCACGAAGCACCUCGCCCCCGACGGGCUCAAAACAAUUGCACCUUCGGCGGGGAAACCUAUUACCACUGCUUGUCUGACUGCCAGCUCCGCAUCCACCUCUGCCAGCAAGUCUGCAACUCCUUCAACGGUCGCAACUGACGCUGCAACUGCUCCCAACAAGCCCAUCACUGCACGAACGGCACAGAAGAAGCGCGAACGGACGCAACCGGCCUCUCUUCUUUCGGACUGUCGACGACACACAAGCUUCGUCUCGUCCAAUUCCGAGUCGCGCAAACACCUCUCCAACGACGCUUCGCUCUCCGACGUCAUCAAGGAGCUCAAUCGCACGAUCCUCCGCUUUGGCGUCAGUCAUGGCGACACGCUCGUCUACAUUGAGCUCGCCAGCCUUGUCGCGCUCCUCAAUUAUGCAGCCGCGUUCUACAUCGAUUUCGCAGACAACAUGGAGAGCUACAUGCAGAAUCGUUUCAACAACGUGCUCGUCGACGAAUACUUCCGACACAUCUGUCACACGCGUUGCGAGUACAUCGAAACGGAAGAAUACCGUAGCGAAGGUUCUCCCGACAGCAAGAGGUAUUACCUCGACCGGCAAAAGAGGGCAAGCACUUUGGAAGCUGGGUAUACGAAGAUGGUGCCGGACACGACGGAUCUGAGGGACGGGGUGCAAACGGUGCUGUUCACGUUUGUUUGGAUCAACUAUACGGCGUACAAGGAGGACGAGACAAGCAUGUUGGCGACGUGGAACGUGGUGAUCCCACUGCUGCAGACGGUGGUGGUGAGGUGCGCGAGGCAGACGUAUGCGAUGCGGAAUGCUCUGACUGCGGCGCAGUACAUUUCGAGCAUCAGACAUGUUCCGACCGAGCACGCGCUUAAUCUGCAGAAGGAUCUGUUGGAGGUAAGUACAGCACUGCAAAACCUGACCGGCUCCGGGCUGGCGGUGUACUCGCCGAAGCGGAAGAGAGACAAGAAGGGGAAAGCAUGGAAGGAGAGUCUCGUCACUUGUCCGUAUACGACGCAUCUGUAUACGGUGGCCGUGGCGGACAUCGCUUUCAGAACGCUCUGGCAUCUCAACAAGGCGAUCGAAGAGGCUUAUUUCUCAAAGAAGCCGAAGAAGCAGGAGAAGUGCUCGAAGGAUGGAUGCAGCUGUGAGACGACGGACGAGAGGAAGAGAGAGACGCUGAAGAGGGCUUCGAAUAUAUUGACGUUGGUAGAGAGGAAGCAGGCUGAUUGGAAGCCGCACAUGAGGAAAAGGGGUGGCAAAAAGGGGCAAAACAAGCAGGUGGCGAAAGUGAACGGAAGCGGUGCAGCCAAGAAGGGGCAAGAGAAGGAACCCAUGGUACGGGACAUCAUCAGUAAGCGACUGCGAGAGUUUGAAGACUGGUCCUUCCUGCGCCGGCUUCAAGACGAGAGUCGUGCCGUCGAAAAGCGACAGGCUGCCAAAGCCAAGCUCGCUACGUCUACCACCAAAGCUACUUCGGACGUCGACAAGGCGACACCAACCACCGGCAAACCCCAUAAUACCGGGCCAUCAGCCACAUCCACCGCCCUCGCCAAGCCCGCACAACCGCCCUCCCGCACCAUCCCACCACCCAUCGACGCCAACCACUCCUACAACACCACGCUCAAAACAUGGAUCCAGUCUCUCUCGACCACCGACCACCCCUGCGCGCAACUAGCUGCCUCGUUCGCCAGGAUGGAGGGAGGCGAGCUCGAUAUGAUGCUGAAGAGCAUGGCCGAGGUGCUCUCGGUGCCGCCUGGAUUGACUGAAGUGGAAGGCGACAAGUGGCGUGAGAAGAACAUGGAUGUCUUUGCGAAGAGGUUGGGUGUCAAGCGGAGGUAG